UUCUAACAUAGCUCUGUAAAACCUUGACAAUUUAGAAACCAUUCAUGAGCCUACAUUUGUUCAAGAUGAUGUUCUGGAUGUACUUUAAAUUCUUGAAAGUGAAGUAAUUAAAUAAUCUUUAAAUUCAAUAAUUUAAGAAUCAUAAUUUAAUAAAAUUGACAUUUAAUAUAACCGUUUUAUUUAUUGAUAAUUAAUUAAUUAAAAAGUUCUGAAUAAAAUAAAUAGCAACUCAAAUCAUUGUGUAAUAAAUUUAGUGUGUUUGAGUUGAGUUUGGGUGUUUUUUACAUUAACUAUAUCUUGCAACAACUUUUAUAUAAUAAUUAAACACUUGAUAUAAUAAUUUGUUGUUAGUAUUUUAGAAAUAAAAAAAAGUAUUAAACACAUUAUACACAAUUUUUUAACUUAGUAAACAAAAUAUUAUCACAACUCCAAUGGUGAAUGUGUUAUGAAACACAUGAUAUGGUGUGACAUUAUAUUGUAUACAAAUUAUAAUUUAUUAAUAUUCAUUAAUUUGAUUUUGAUAAAACUUAUCACAUUAAAAAUAUAUAAAUAAAGUACAUUUUAAAAUUAAUUUUUCUUAAUACUUAUUUUAAAUUUAUAAAUAAUAUAAUUAUUAAACAUUGUACAUUGCAAAACAUAUUCGACAUUAAUGUAAAACUAUUAGAAUACAAAAUUUAAUUAAAUACAUUUUUAGUUGCUGUGAUAAAAAUGCAAAUUUUGAUCUAAAAAGAAAAUUGAAUGAUUAUUAUUGUAUGAUAUACAGGGAAUCAGAUAAACAAUUAAUUAUUAUAAUGCAAAGUGAGUACAAUAUUAAUCAAUUAAUUUACAAUGGUUUUGCUUAUUAAUUGCACAGUAUUUUGAGAUGAAUGAAACAUGAAAGAUAAUUUAGAAUUUUUCUUUAAUAAUUUCUGUGAUGACUGUUGAUUGAAACUAUUUGAUGCCAACACUAACCAGAAUAUUUUUACAUUAUCAACACCACACUGAAACCAAAAUAUAGAAAUUUAAAAAAAACACAAUUUGUGUACAAAAUAAUAUACGAUACCUACCCACAACUAGUAAUUAUAGCUAGAAUAUAUGAUCAAAUCUUUAAAAGCAUGAUGGUUUUAAUCAAUGGUAAAUUGAGUUGUAGUUUGGAAUACAUAUUUUGUUAGCAUUAAAUAUAUAAAUAAAUAUGAAUCAUUUAGUAUAAUUUAAAAUAGAAAUUUAAAACUAUUAAUCAAAUACAUAUUUAAAAUGCUAUGUGGGAUGUGUGUAUAAUAUAUUGGGGUAGGUGAAAAUAUUCUUUGAACCUGACAUGAAACUCUAAGUAUACUCAUAUUGUGAAUCAAUGUAAUAUGUUCAUACUUAAAACAAAAAUAGUGUAAAUAAUCUUAAUGUUUAUAUUUUGGGGAAUGACAAGAAAUAAUAUUUGUUUUUCAUAAUAAUUAUUAAUUUAAUUUACAUCAUUACAUUUGAUCUUUUAUGUUACUUAUGAUGUAUUUAUUAUAAUUUUUUUUUUUUAAAUUUUGCUGACAUUUAUUUAUUAAAAUGUAAAUAUGUACACAAACAAAUAAGUUACAUAUAGAAAAUUUGAAAAAAAUAAUUGAGACCGGUAUAAUGUCCAUUACUAUAAGUAUAUCUAUAUUGUUAUUAACUCUUGACUUUUCAAAUGAAUAAAGUAAAAUAUAGUUAUGAUCCAUUUUAUUUAUUUAAUGAUUGCUCGCCCAACUUUAUGAUGUUCUUGUGAAUAUGUUGCAAAGGGUAAUUGUAACUUAACAGUCAUUUAAAAAAUUCAAUUUUACAGUAAAAUAAUUACAAAUAUGGUAACAAUUAAUGCUGUAUAUUUUUACAUUAAAAUACAAAAUUUUUUGUAUAUUUGUUAAACAUUUGAAUAGCAUUAUCUUUUUAACUUUUAGCUGGCGAUUGUUGCUGACAGCAAUAUGGUUGUGGAUAUUCCCGUGGUAGAUGGAUUGCAGAUACUGAAAGUCAACGCAGGUGAACUUGAUGUCGACAUUGAGAUUGUCAAAAUGGGAUUUGAUGACUUGGUUGUUGAUCCUCAAAGAGACAUGCCGCAGGUUAUUGUCGAAGAGGUGGUAGACGUCCAUGGAAAUGUACCCGUUGGAUUUGUGGACAUGCCACCUUUAAUAAAUUAUAUGAGUUAUAUUAAGCUUAAUAACUACCUAUUUUUUAAUGGUUUCAAAUUUGUUGUUAAAAAUUAUUAUUUCAAAUUUCAAUUUGAAUAAAAUAAAUAGUGCUUUAUUCGGUUGUUGGACUAACUAAUGUUGUGAAAAAAGUAUUUUGUUUUUAAGUAGAUAUGUACAUUAUAUGUAGAAAAUGUAAAAAUAUAUAAUAUAAGUUUUUUGAAUCAUAAUUACAAUAAUUACUUAAU